ACUAAUGUAUAAAUAAGGGGGAAAGUUUGAGAUAAUUGGACUCUUCUGGACUCUCCCUCUGGAUACAUCUUGCAGUCCCCACUGGGAGAUGGAAGAUUUGGCCACCGGAAGGCUGCUGCUGUGUCACUCGAGAGCGACACUCAGCUUCGGAAAGUUUCUCUUUUCCAAGGCAGCUUUGGACCAGUGUGCCCAAAUCCUCCAUAGGUUUUGUCUAUGAAGGACUCAGUUAAAGAAAUUCCCCUCUCUUAGGGCGAGAAAGUUGACCCUUCAGGACCACUGCUAAAGGAAGUGGGAAGAGUUUUCUGGAUCCAGAACAACACGAUUCUUUGCUCAAGAUUUUCAGCACAAGACCGAAGUCCCAUAGCUAACUCUGAGGUAUAUAGGAACCAUCAGGAUCGGAAUGAAAAGAGUGAAAGUGACCUGAUGAAAGAAGGAGUUUCUCUCAAGAGAAGCUGGAGAACUGUUGUCUAUUCCCAAAUUCUUCACUGCAUAAAGGACUGAAAACGGGCCAGGCGGUUUAGUGCCUAAAGAAGCAAGAGAGUGAAAACUGAUAACAGUUCAACCGCAAGUGUUUUACAGGGCGAGGAAGUUGACCCUUCAGGACCACUGCUAAAGGAAGUGGGAAGAGCUUUCUGGAUCCAGAACAACAUGAUUCUUUGCUCAGGAUUUUCAGGUAACAUGAACAUCACGGAUUAUUUCACCAGAAUUUCUUAUAAUGGCUCCUACAAAAACCCAGAUUUGGAGACCUUGACUGCAAUAUUCCAGCACCACAUCAGGGCUGUUCCUUUUGAAACCCUCAGCAUCCACUGCGGGGAAACCAUCGAGUUAGACUUAGAACCAGUUUAUGACAAAAUAGUGAAGAAGAAACGUGGUGGCUGGUGCAUGGAAAACAACCACCUUUUAUAUUGGGUUCUGAAAACGCUGGGAUAUGACACCACCAUUAUAGGAGCAAAAGUUUACAGCCCAAAAGAAAAUGCAUAUAAUCAUCAUAUUGAUCACCUUCUGCUAAAGGUGGUCCUGGAUGGGAAAGCCUACAUAGUGGACGGUGGCUUUGGAAUGGUCUAUCAAAUGUGGCAGCCAAUGGAGCUGAUUUCUGGGAAAGACCAGCCCCAGGUUCCCGGCAUCUUUCGCUUCAUGGAAGACAAUGGGAUCUGGUACUUUGAGAAAAUCAAAAGGAAGCAAUACAAUCCCAACCAAAGCUUCUCUAAUUCCAAUAAUCUGGAAAAAAAUGCAUGUAAGAAAGUUUACCUGUUUACCCUUGAGCCACGAGAGAUAGAAGAUUUCAGGCCCCAGAGUGUGUAUCUCCAGACAUCUCCAGAUUCUCUGUUCGUUAAAAAGUCCAUCUGCAGCCUCCAGACCAGUGAUGGCCUUUGGGAUGUCGCUGAGCACAGAGAAUUAAUACAAAAGAAUGUAGAAAUAGUUGAGGCUUGGGAGGAAAAUAGCAAAAUGAGAUUUAGCUUAGAAAAAUUCACACUAAUCCUUAGGUGGAAAGCAAUAUGA